AUGGGACUGUCAGCCGCUCAGCUGGCAGAGUAUACGGGCGCCGAAAAAGAUCUUAUUGUCCGAAUGAUGCGCGUUAUGGCUUCUCUUGGGCUGUGCAUCACACCAACUCCCGAGGUGUAUGUUGCCAAUGACAAGACGGUGGCACUAACGCAACCGAUUGGAAGAGAUGGAAUCCCAUGCAUAUAUGACCUCACCAUUCCAACCUUGAGCAAGCUUCCAGAGUACCUGCGCUCACAUGGCUAUGCCAAUCCCCAGGAUUAUACCAAGUCGCCUAUGCAAUGGGCAGUUGGACAGAGUCAGUUUGAGUGGCUUGCGAGUCACGCGGAGCAGCAGAAGCUUUUCAACUCGUACAUGGCUAGCCGUCGCGAGGGUAGACCGAUGUGGUACGAUAUAUACCCCGUCGAGCGACUGUUUGGCCAUGCCGUGCCAUUCAACGAUACCGUCUUUCUGGUAGACAUUGGUGGAAACCAGGGGCACGAUCUGGGCGAAUUCCGUCGACAAUAUUGUCAUCUGCCGGGCAGAAUGGUCCUGCAGGACUUACCAAAGGUGAUUGAUGGAGUCGACGGUCAGAGCGCAGGAAUCGAGGUGAUGGGAUACAAUUUCAUGGAUGCUCAACCCGUCAAAGGUGCCCGUGCAUACUACUUUCGUUCUAUCUUCCAUGAUUGGGAUGAUCAAAUUAGUCGCAAAAUUCUCCUGAAUACGGUGCAAGCGAUGGCACCGGACUAUUCUAGAAUUCUCAUUGUGGAUUUUGUCCUGCCAGAUACCAAUACGCCCCUGAUGCAGGCUUCGUUGGAUAUUCAGAUGAUGAGUAUCGGGGCGGGUGUUGAGCGGUCAGAGCAACAGUGGAGAGAUCUCUUGCAUAGUGCAGGGCUGGAAAUCACGGGGAUUUGGAAUCAGAGCCCGGCGAUGGAGUCGGUGAUUGAAGCAGUUCCAGUGUUGACAUAG